AUGUCAGUCUUUCUUUCAAUUAAAUUUGCGAUUGAAAUAUUAUUAUUUUUGGGUCAGGUAUUGGCAUUUGAUGCAGAUGGACAUAGUGCAAUUGGCAUGACCACUAUAUCUGGACUUCAAAAUAACUUUUCUCAAAAACUUAAAAGGUUAAUGAAUGGAAAAGAUAUUGUCGAUAUUUCUGGUUGGGGAGAGAGAGUUUCGAAAAAACAUCCAUCAACGCUUCCCUUCCACUUUCAAAGCCAGAAUAAAAGCGAUUAUUUGAAAGAUGGAAUUGAAGGAGGCGAAUAUUUAAAAAAAAAACAUAUUUUGAGGUCAGAUACUAAUUGUAAAAAGACUGGGCAUUGUCUCGUCCCAAUGAUUAAACACUUGUACUACCGACUGAUAGGAGAUCAAUCAAAAUUUAAAAUAAAUUAUCCUGAAGGUAUACAGUUAACUGACUCAGAUUCGAUGAAAUUUCUGAUUAAUUUGGUUGGUGAUCUUCAUCAACCUAUGCAUUUUGGAUUUAUUGAAGAUGAUCUUGGGAGAGAAAUAAAUGGAAUGAUAAGUAUUAAUGGCACAAACGAAAGAUUGUCAUUAUUUGAGAUUUGGGAAAGUGGAAUAACGCGAAAACUAAAAACUGAAAAACCUCAAUUUUGGUUUGGCGGAUGGACACAUAUUUUAGCAAUAAGAGACACAUUUGACAAAGAACUGUUGCUUUGGAAAGAAAAAGGCAUCGAAAUGAUUGAUGACUGGGCCAGAGAAAACUAUAGUAUAAUGGUUAAUGAAAUAUACUUUCAUCCAAUAUCAAAACAGCCAAUCAUUGAUAAUUUUAAUGUUGAUAUCACAUUAGAAUUUGCAUGGCUCGAAAUUUUUCGAAGUAGAAUAUUAAUUGCAGGGGCCAGACUAUCUAUCAUUUUGAAUGAAAUACUAAAACUAAGAGAAGGUAAAGAAAAACCAUUUAGAGCAACGAAUUCGUUAUUAUUGUCUAAUGAUGAAGAUGUUAGUCACCAUAUUUCUGACCCUAUGAUUGGUAUCAACGUUAACAAAAAACAAAUAUUUGAAAUCAAUGCUUUCGGUAAAAAAGUGGCUGUUUCGGUUUGGAUAAAAAAUUUGGUUAUUAAUUUAAUAAUAAUAUUAAUUUGUUUGUCAGUCCUUGCAUACAUAUCGAUUUUCAGACUAAGAGAUAAUUACUCUGUUUUGAAAAAUUCCCAAUUGCCAGUGUCAGAAAUAAAAACAAAAAAUGUUCAGAUGAAACAAACAUCAAUCAUUGAUUGA